UUACUCUGACCCAAACCCUCCAAGAACCUUCCCUUCCCUUGCCUCUAGGCGACUGCUCCCCUCCCGAUUCCCUUCAUUUUUAUUUUAAGCACUCUCUACUCCACUUCUCUGCCCAAUAUCUCCGGUCUCUCUCUCUCUCUCUCUCUCUCUCUCUCUCUCUCUCUCUCUCUCUCCCCGCCGAGUUGCGAACCACAAUGGCCGGGAACAAUGAUGAAAAUCCUCGUGACACCCAACCCGGCUACGCUCUCAGCGGCAAAAUCAUGCUGAGCGCCAUAGUGAUCUUGUUCUUCGUUGUCAUCCUCAUGGUUUGCCUCCAUCUCUACGCCCGCUGGUACCUCAUCCAAGCGCGCCGUCGCCAGGUUCGUCGCAAUCGUCGCCGCAACAACUUCGUUUUCUACGUGGACCCUGCUAACCCCAAUGCCUCGGCGGCCACAGUCACUGUCCCCAACCGCGGUCUCGACGCGUCCGUGCUCAAGGCAAUCCCAGUCUUUCUCUACUCCUCCAAGACUCACCCGGAAACGCCCAUCCCGGAGUGCGCUGUUUGCCUGUGCGAAUUUGAGGAGAACGAGACGGGCCGUACCCUACCUAAGUGCGGCCACAGCUUCCACAUAGAGUGCAUUGACAUGUGGUUUCAGACUCAUUCAACUUGCCCUCUCUGUCGGUCCCCCGUUGAAUCCGGUCACGCAUCCGAGAACCCGGCCGAAGUUGUCAUAUCCGUGUCUGAAUUGGCGGGAAUUGAAGCGGGAUCCAGCUCCGGUUUGUGCUCGGAUUGUCACCACGAAGGCGAGCAGACGGGUCAAGCUUCUUCGUCGAUUGCGACUCGAAGGAAACCAGUGGAGUUUGUGGGAGUCUCGAUAGAGGUCCCGAGCAGGAACGAGAGUUUCAGAGACGACACGAUGUCUGACUCUCCGGCGAGUCAAGGUGGCUUCAGAUCUCCAAUGAGUCGCAUGUUGUCCUUCAAAAGAAUUCUCAGCAGAGACAAGAGAGCAAGCGUGUCGCCGUCCUCGGGGAACGCGUUGAGUUGUAGUUCGGUGAUCGAGUCGGAUACUGAGCAUGGAGGGAACGACGUGAAUCAGCAAACUCAGGGCUAACUCGGUCUGGCUCGGUUGUAUUAGUAUGUGACCGAGAAGUUAGGGAUACGUUAUCUGUUCGAGGUCUGAGGAAAAGUCAUUCGGCGACUGUCAGUCUCCAGUCUGGAGGCCAUUGGUGGGAGGAUUUGAAGUACACGUGGCAGUAUACGUUUUAUGCUAGACUUCUCUAGCAGCCUUGGGUUGACGUAGAAUGUUUGACCGUUGUAUAUAAUUACCAUCUCAUAUGGUCAUUUGAUUAAUAUUUUCUCAGAUAUUUUGUUCCAUUUAAAAGUUGCCCUCUCCCAUUAGUUUAUUAAUUUAAAUUGUCUCUAAAAUCUUAAAUUCGAACAGCCACUGCUACAAAUGAGAGGGGAUUUCAUAUGAA